AUGUCUCCCGCGACGAGUCCCACGUCGACGUCGACGUCGCGACGCCUCGUGCGCGGUGUCGUGUUCGACAUGGAUGGAACGCUGUGCGUCAGCGCGGCGCUGGACUUCACGGAGAUGCGACGCAGAGUCGGGUGCGAAACGAGUGAUAUUUUAGGUGAAGUCGACUCGUGGAACGAGGCGCGACGGACGAAGGCGUACGAGAUCAUCGGAGAGAUGGAGAGAGAGGCGCUGAAGACGACGGUCAUCGCGCCGGGAGCGAUGGAGGUGGCGGCGACGCUGGACGGGAUGGGAAUCCCGCGAGCGUUGGUGACGCGGAACGCGGCGAGCUCGGUGGAGUUUUUUCACGACACCGUGUGGACGAUGGCGCCGUUUUCACCGUGGUUGAGUCGGGAGUUCAAGCCGUACAAACCGGCGCCGGAUUCGUUGCUGCACAUUUGCGAGUUAUGGGGGUGCUCGCCGAGCGAGAUUAUCAUGGUGGGUGACAGCGCAAAAGACGACGUAGUGAGUGGGAACGCCGCGGGAGCGCUGACUGUGCUCUUGGAUAGCGGACGUACGGGGAAAUGGGCGGAGGAAUUCGGUGUGGAUAAAGUUCCCGAGCAGAUGGUGCCACAUUUCGUGUGCGCGGACAUGAAUGAAUUGCACGUCUUGUUAACGCAAAGCGGACACUUCGAAUUUAAAAAAUAG